CCUCAAGGCGCUGGGUAUAAAUAUCGAAAAGAGUUUAGGGUUUCAGGUCCUCUUAGUCGCCGUCUAAGUUGCUGCUGCUGCUGUUUGUCUUACGAUCUUGCAAAAUGACGAAGAGGACAAAGAAGGCUGGCAUCGUUGGAAAGUACGGUACCCGUUAUGGUGCUAGUUUGAGAAAGCAGAUCAAGAAAAUGGAAGUUAGCCAACACAGCAAAUUCUUUUGUGAGUUCUGUGGCAAGUAUGCAGUCAAGAGAAAGGCUGUUGGAAUUUGGGGCUGCAAGGAUUGCGGCAAAGUCAAAGCAGGCGGUGCAUACACCUUGAAUACCGCAAGUGCUGUGACGGUGAGGAGCACAAUCCGUCGGCUGAGGGAGCAGACCGAGAGUUAAAUGUGUCGUCAGUUUGUCUUCGAACUUAAAGUGUCUCGAAUGAUUAUCACAUUUUCAUGUCAAAGUUCCCAUUUUACCCUUUUAAACCUUUUUGAUCAUGUCAGACCGUUCAUUUCGUUGAAUCAUUCAAGAGUUAUCUAAAAACCAGUGGCAAUUUAUUUGGAAAUUUAUGGCUGUUUAAAUGCCUUCAUCUGUAUUCCUGUAGCCAACUUGCUUUGAUUUCACUUGAGAUAUAAAAUGCUCCCAACCGGUA